AACACUGUGGAAUGUUAUGUACGAUGACCUUCUUCGUUUGGAGCUGUUCGGAAAGCGUGCGGACAUUAUAGGGUUUGCAGACGACGUGGCGUUUACCCUUAUCGGGAGGGACCCGCAGGAAAUCAGCAACCUUGCUACGAGGAACCUGGAGAUGAUCGAGCGUUGGAUGGAUGGAGUGGGAUUGAAGCUGGCCCAUCAAAAGACCGGCUACAUGAUCUUCUGCACUCAUCACAACCCGCAGGGCAUGGGUUUCUCCGGAGCUACUUCGUCGACAAAGGCAUCCUCGACGGCUCGCCAAACUGCCCGGUGUGUGAACACCAAGUGGAAGAUGUCGACCACGUAAUGUUCCACUGUCCACGGUUCGCUCGAACCCAACACGAGAUGCAGCAGCAGAGCCACACCCGCUUGACGAUAGAAAAUCUUGCAGCGGAAAUGUGUGCCAACAGCAGCACAUGGGAAGCAGUCCGGACCGCCGCAAGGACCAUCUUCAGAAACCUCCA